AUGGGAGAACGGCGUCUGCUAGGUCCUGAGACGAUAGUGCAGACAAUAGACAAGAUAAAGGCAAUACGGGAGCGCCUUAAGUCAGCUCAAGAUAGGCAGAAGAGUUGGGCUGAUGCUGAGAGGAGACCUCUACAGUUUCAGGUUGGAAAGCAUGUUUUCUUAAGGAUAUCCCCAACCAGAGGAGUUAUCAGAUUUCGUAGCCGCGGGAAGCUUAGUCCACGUUUCAUUGGUCCUUUUGAGAUAUUGGAGAGAGUAGGAGAGGUGGUUGGUCCUUUUGAGAUAUUGGAGAGAGUAGGAGAGGUGGCAUACCGACUAGCUUUACCUCCGUCGUUGGAGGGAGUGCAUAAUGUGUUCCACCGACUAGCUUUACCUCCGUCGUUGGAGGGAGUGCAUAAUGUGUUCCAUGUAUCACAGCUUCGACGAUAUGUACGAGAUGAGACUCACAUCCUAGACAUCGCAGAGCUUCAGAUUGGGACGAACUUAUCAUAUGAGGAGCGACCUAUGAAGAUUUUGGACAAACAGGAGAAGGUCCUCAAGAACAGAACCAUUUCUCUUGUAUUAGUAUCGUGGGGACAUCAUGGACUGGGAAAGGCGACCUGGGAGCGAGAGGACGAUAUUCGUCAACGCUAUCCAGAUCUCUUUACUACAGGUGACUUUUAG